UUCAGGACGAAUCAGAAGAAUCACUCAUCGCUACCGAAUCAAAAUACUGAGGGCGGUAGUGAUGUAGCACGCUGUGUAAAACAUGAAUUUACUCUCUUAAACUGUUUCUUCGGCUUUAUCCGUCCAGGAGCCUGCCUUUGCCAUGACUCAGCCUGAGAGCCUCAGCCCAUCUAUGAUGGCCUUGCCUGAAUUCAUAAUGCAAAGAAAACUUCUUGGAUUUGGUGUGCUACUGGCUUGGGUUGUCCUCUUCCAUUUACUGGUCAACGUGUGGCUCCUCUGUGUGUUUACCAGCCUUUUAGUAGUUAUAGGUGGGUGGCUUGGCUCACAGGCUCUCCUCGAGUCUGAAAGUGUCAUCCACCUUGAGCGUUUCAUCACGCUGGACGAGAUCCGAUCUUCCCCAGACGUCGAGAUGCAGCUAGACCACGAGAUCCAGAGCACGGUUUCUAAGAUCAUCCGAGACUUCGUCUCUUCGUGGUAUAACACCGUUUCCACAGAGCCUGGGUUUGAGGAUGAGAUCCACGACGCCAUGAUCUCGAUGGCAAUGCAGCUUAAGCUUCGGGCCAAGAAAGUGGACAGGAAAGCUUUAACUCUGAGGAUAUUAGAUCUUUGUGGAUGCCAUCUUCAGUGCUACGUUAAAGCUAAAGAAAUCAUGGCUGGAAAAGCAGGCGAGGAACAAAGUGUGAGUGCUAACGAGAGUGUCUGGCAGGCAUACAGCACGUCUUGUGUACCUCACCCAGCUCUUCAAAGCUCUGCUGUAGAAGUGAAUUACGCACGUGCAGUAGUGGAUUUGCUUUUGCACGUUCUUGUCCCGCCACCACAUCUUGAAACCAGGACAGGGAGAUUUGUAGUGUGCGAACUUAUAAUGUGCAAUGUUCUUUUGCCUUUAAUUGCUAAACUGUCAGAUCCUGACUGGUUAAAUAUGUUGAUCGUGGACGUAUUUACGAGGUCCAAAAAUCCAGAAACCAAACCAUCUGAAUCGGAGAAAACGACAUCUCCUCCAACGAUGCUUUUAAAUAAAGACAAUUCACACGAUGUUGAAGUUCCAUCUUCUCUAACCUUGAAGCUCAAGCCCGACACUUUCAGUGUGACUGACGCGCCAACACCCGAAUUGGCAAAUUUGGAUGUUCUUGACUCUGCAGAUCUUUACUGUCCACAGAACCAAGAGGACGAAGGACCAAGGCAGUUGUUUUCUUCAGAGCAUCCAGGUUUCAAUACAAAGGAUUAUUUGCGGCUCGGGAAAUCGAAUCCUUUCUAUCAAGAAACAGACUCUGAUUUGGAGUCUCCUCUAAACGAUUUUAAAAGGAGCUCCUUGGAGUCGCUGGUUCUGAUAGGCACAGAAGAAGAAACGUCAGAGCCUGUUACCGAAUGUCCCACGCUUGCCGACGGAAUACUGGACCCCAAAGAUGAGUUCCAUGUCAAUUCUAAUGCACCAAGACUCGUGGUCUCGGAGAUACAAGAACAACCCUCUGACACAACUGAUGGGACAGGUGAACCGUCUUUGAGCUUUUGUGCUCUUCAGGAACUUGAAAAGGGUACCACGAAAGCAGAAAUGACUGGCGUUGAGACGUCGGGUAUGGUGAACGUCAACGGGCUGACUCUGUCCGAACCUCUUCAAGCCUCCUCACCUUUAGCCAGCUCCAUGCCACUCUCUCCAUUCACGUUCGAACCCCUCAGUAGUCCUGAAGGCCCCGUCAUUAUUCAGAACCUUCGUAUCACAGGCACCAUCACAGCUAAGGAGCACCGAGGCACGGGCUCUCAUCCAUACACACUCUACACUGUGAAGUACGAGACAGCUGUGGACUCAGAGAAUCCAGGCACAUUGCAGCCAGUGGCUUAUCACAUGGUCAAUCGGCGCUAUAGUGAAUUUCUGAAUCUGCAGACCCGGUUAGAGGAGAAACCUGAAUUACGCAAAAUUCUCAAACAUGUUAAAGGACCUAAAAAAAUCUUUCCUGACCUCCCUUUUGGAAACAUGGACAGUGACCGAGUUGAAGCCAGAAAAGGUUUAUUGGAAACGUUCCUUAAGCAACUUUGUUCAGUACCUGAAACUGCCAACAGUGAAGAAAUGCAAGAGUUUCUUGCCCUAAACACUGAUGCGAGGAUCGCUUUUGUAAAGAAGCCAUUCAUCGUCUCACGAAUAGACAAGAUUGUGGUGAAUGCUAUAGUCGAUACGCUGAAGACAGCCUUCCCUCGUUCAGAGCCACAAAGCCCCACGGAUGAAGUGGACACUGAGCCUGAUGGGAAAUUAUCUUCAGACAGGAAGAGCAAGUCCAGGAUGCGAUUCUCCAGUAAAACCGCUUCUGCUCUUAACGUGUCCGACAUGAAACCCAAAGUGCUUUACUACUUUGAUGAAGGGAGCACCGUUUUCAAUAGCCUCACCAUGAAUAGUCUAGAGAGCUUCAUCUUGGAGCGGGAGCGUCUUGCGAGUAAAGCACCGCUCCGAGACGCCGAUGGAGAGCGGGAUGUCGGCCUCGGUGCCAAGUGGGUUACGGAGCCCUGCGCGUGUUCGAAAGGAAGGUUGCAAAAUGUCGUUGAAAAUCAGGGGGAAACUGUACUUGCUGACACAGCUCUGAACGUCCUCUAUCUGCUGAUGAAGGAUCAGUGGAGUUGGCUGUGCACUGAAAAUAUCCAGAGGAGCAUCAGACUGCUAUUUGGGACCCUCGUUGAGCGGUGGCUGGAGGUCGGAGUGGCUAAUCUGACGUGUAUGCAGUACUGGGUGACUUAUUUGCGGGUGCUGCAGCAGGCUGUGUGGCCUGGGGGAAAUCUGCCUGCUCAUCCCCGACCUCAGCGAACCCAGCAGCAAAGAGAUGACACCAAACAGCAGUCACUGCAGUGUUUGAUGAAUUUGCUUCCUGAUCUUGUUUCGGAUAUACUGGGCUCAGAGAAGUACAAGCAUUCCUGGCAGGUCGUUCUCGACUCUCUCCAAGAUUCUACCAUAAACAGGCACCUGGUUUACUGUGUGUGGGAUGUGCUAUUGGAGUUCCUGAUCCCAGAGCUAUCUGAUGACGACUUUCAAAAGAUGCUGCUCCAGAGUCUUUCUAAAACGCAGAGAAACUCCCUCCAUAGGAACGCCGUGAAACUUGACAUGCCUGUUCCAACAACCCACUACUCUUGUCAGAAUGAGUCAGGUCAGUCAUGGAGGUGAAUGAGGCAAAAUGGAAUAUGUGCAUGGUUUGGUCUGACUCUAAUUUAGCCCUUACGUGUCUGGGUCUCGCACACAAUAUAAUGCAUCUGGCCUAGCUUUGAUUACUGGCCACCUGUUUUGCAUUUUAGCAGGCCUUGACUGAUCUCCAAAACACCCCUGGACCGGAUCUGAAUUAGUGGAGAGCUCUCUUCUCAAGCUCUUAUCCACCUUCUUCCGGCUUGAACUUUGAGCAAACCUUUUACAGAUGGAUUUAUAUUAAAGAUCAUAACGCCAGGACAGAUUCGACUUAACUUGGCCCUGCUUUCGAGUCUAUCGUUUAAAGUCACUUUAAGUUUACCUGCUGCUUAUUUCUCUUGCUCCUUGCCAUGGGCACUGCACUGUGACACAUUUGUCUCUCAUUUGCUUAAGAUUACAACCUCCAACUUCCUGUUGUAUCUUCCUCCACUUAAUUUAGGUUGGAGGGAUUUUCCAUGUGAGCUGGCAUGAGUUUUGGUGUCUUGCUGAAACCGUACAUGCUUCGAGGGAUCUUUUACAACUUAAUCUUGUCUGUUCACAGAGUGGGACUUGGUAAUUGACUACCUUUUUUUUAUUAUUUAUUUUUUUUAAUGCUUGGCCUUAAAGUAAAGGUUAUGCAGAAUAUAAGGAGUAUGCAGAGGGGUCUUCUUUCCUUUCCUGUUCUAAAUAUUGUUGGAUGUUAUGUUACCACAUUUAGAUCCUUGUCUGUAUGCUUUAAUAAUUCUAUAUACCCAUUUCUUUGGAUAUAAAUACUGAAGUAUUUUCCUCACACUUGUGCACUUCGAUGAAAUCAUAAAGAAUAUUAUGGCUGAUGUCUAAAACAGUAAAAAGAAAUGUCUUCUCUGCCUUAACAUGUUUUGUAAACUUGUUUUGUCUGUAAAGCAGUCUAAAGAUGUAAAAGGAAUGGAUCAAAAGCCAUGAAAAAGUCAUUCCUUAGUGGUCAGUAUGUUUAACUUUGUGUUUGAGUGGUCUAAUGUUUCUUGAAAAGGUUUCAUCUGUCAUGUCUACUUCUUCUGUGUUAUGUUUUCUCCCUCAGUAUAGUGAUCCUUGUGAAAUGUUUACUAGCAUGAUCUAGUAAAUAACCCAAUAUGCUCUCCACUAUUGUGUGAAAUGUAAUGUGUAUGCUUCAGUUAUUGCACUACGUAUAAUUGUGUCAUUGGGGAAAUUGUUGUAACUUAAGCUGUGAUUAUAAUAAACAUGCAAAAAUGACUGA